AUGCUGUACACGCUGUACGGAGGCGCAGCUAUAGAUGCUGCAAUGGUGGCCGAGUAUCUAUUUUGGUGGCUGCACGAGGAAGCCAUGGCGUCGCGUGGAUGUCACAAGUGGGUUACUCAGCACAAGUGGGUUACUCAGCACAAGUGGGUUACUCAGCACAAGUGGGUUACUCAGCACAUGUGGGUCACUCAGCACAAGUGGGUCACCCAGCACAAGUGGGUCACCCGGCACAAGUGGGUCACUCAACACAAGUGGGUCACUCAGCACAAGUGGGUCACUCAGCACAAGUGGGUCAAUCAGCACAAGUGGGUUACUCAGCACAAGUGGGUUACUCAGCACAUGUGGGUCACUCAGCACAAGUGGGUCACUCAGCACAAGUGCAUGGUCACUCAGCACAAGUGGGUCACCCGGCACAAGUGGGUCACUCAGCACAAGUGGGUCACCCGGCACAAUCUGUUCAACAGGAGCUGUUCGCAUCCUUCGACUUUCCAAACGGAAGUGGCAGCCUCCGUCGCUCUUGUGGUGAUCACUUCAGCUUCACAUUUUCUACGUGACUCUCAAGUCGACGUUCUCGUGCCACAGCGCGAUGACAGCGGCAACAGUCACUUGUACGCCGACCUUGCAAGGCUGCACAUCGACAGUGCCCAUGGUGGCCGUGGAGGCAUCACCAGCAGCUGUGAAGGAGAGAGUCCUGGCGCUGACCCCAGCACGGCACAGGGCGCUGGGUCCCCAAAGUCGUUCUCAUGUCGCCUGUGCCCCUACAAAACUUCUCGCCGCAGCGUCUACAAGCAACACUUGAGUCGCCACACCCCACGCGCCGACUGCAUCUUUAAGUGUAUGGCCUGCCCAUUUUAUGUCAACAGUAAAACGGAGUUGUUCGAACACUUGCUGGUACACGGCGUACAGGUGCCUGGACCUAUUAAAGCUGCUACAGAAAGCGUACCACAGCAACAGCAGCAGCAGCAACAACAACAACAGCAGCUACCGCAGCAACAACUGCAAGAGAAUGGGUCCGAGUUUGCACCUCUGUACCAGUGCGGGUCGUGCCCCUUUGAGAGCCACAACCGCCCCAAGGUGCUGCACCACCGUCAGUUCCACCGACCUCGGGGCCUGGCCUUCAAGUGCCCACAGUGCACAUACAACGUCACGAGGAGGCACCUCCUUGCCCAGCAUAUACGCGUUCACGGGCUGCCCCCAGAAACACUGGAACAAAUUUUCGGUCCCAAUGGCGGAGGAACACAAAUUUCAAGUAUGGAAAACCAGCGGGAACGCAGUGAUAGUCCAUCACCGUCGCUCACAAUCACGCCCAUUAACGGUAGUGGAGAUACGAUCGGCAGCGCCGUGGAAGUUUGUAAAGGUGGAAAUCGUCUUUCUGUGUCAGACUUUCUGCCCAUAUUGCUGGACUCGGCUACAGAGAAACUCUUGGAUGUCCCAAUGGUAUGGACGUCGAAAGGGGAUCGAUUCUUCAAGAUGUUCAAGUGUCGAUGGUGCCCACAUGUGAACUUGAGGAAAACUAAUGUGCAGGAUCACGAGAAAAUGCAUUUUCCUAAUGAAGGCAAUGUGUCUUUGCCUGAGGGGAGCUUCAAGUGCCCCCAUUGCAGUUAUGUUUCAGGGAACAUUAAUAUCACUUCGGCUCAUGCAAAGGUGCAUGAAGGAAGUUUGGGCAGAAUCCACGCCUUUAUUGAUCAAACUAAAUCUGAUGAAGAACAAAUUCAUCGUUUGAAAUCUCAAGCCAUGAUGAAUUCAUUACUGCACAAAGCCAAGGAAGCCAGCAAGUUGAAUCUUGCUACUGAAGACAUCCUUAGAAACGAAAAAAAGAUCAAGCUAGACUCAGCUAAGGACGAAAAAAUGAUUUAUUGUUGUCAACAUUGCCCAGCUCGUUUCUUCGUCGAGAAAGAAGUGCUCAUACACACACGUUUCCACGGGGCAAAAUUUAACCAAACUUUCAUUUGCGAAAAAUGUGAUUAUGGCGCUCGUCAGGAACCACACUUGUUAGCACAUGCUCGAGUUCACUCUCCGGAGUAUAGGGAAAACACCCGCCAUCUCUUGACGCAGUACAAAAGUGCUGCUUUGUACCCACCCGUACCAAGCAUGUCGGUACCUUGUUCGUCAGUUCCUCCUGGACCGCAAAUGGAGACAAAACACAAGGAUACUUCAGAUGCUCCAAAAGAUCCCUCUGGGGUUACACGCUUCAAAUGUUCUUUGUGUCCAUCGACUUUCAGUAAACAAAUCACUCUGCAGUAUCAUCAGUCGCUACAUGGGGCUGAUAAUCCCCAUAAAUGUAACCGCUGUACGUACGCUGCUAAGACGCAGGACGCACUUAGUCAACACGUAUCACUACACGAGCAGUGUGAGAAAGAGAAGAGAGAAAUUGCCAGCAAGAAAGAAGAAAUACCGCCCGAUGGAUUGUCAUUCAUAAUCCAAGGCGCUGGUGAUAAAUCUCCCGACAAUAACUCGUUACAUCCUCCCAUUAAACUCAAGUUCAUUGGUGUCAAGUCACAAAACAGCGCAAGGAAAGCUUCAUCUAGCAAUGGGUCUUCGUCUAGUUUGCCAAGUUUACCAAAGAAACAAUUUAAGUAUUACGUUGAGGAACAGGUUCCUCUAUCAGGAGUGGAUUUACUGAGACACAAAACUGAAAUGGAGCAACAACAAAUUCCUAAGAGUAAGUUUGACGAUGCAUGUUUAGCAAAGACUCAGAAGGCCUCCCAGCGGCCAUGCAAAGACCAAGAAAACGAGGCUAAACGUAUGGGUGAUCCGACAAUGCAUUAUCCUCUGCACGUUGACAAAGUCUCUGGAAAGACAAGAGAAAAGCGCUACAAGUGCAAGCUUUGCCCUUCUGCCUUCGAAAAGAUAGACCAAUACAACGUGCACGCAAAUCUACACGGCGCCGAUCACAAGUAUAAAUGCAGAAUUUGCGAUUACUCGGUAAAGUUUUUCGCUAAUUUCAACAUGCAUAUCAAUAGGCACAAAUACAAUGAACGGGUGGAGUGUAAGAAAACCGGGAAGGUAACACCGGAUGACAACGACGUUCGAUACGAGCCUGUGGUCCAGGUCGCGGAUGACAACAACGUGUCGCGGGAUACCAUUGUCGCCGAUCCAUCACAAGUGGACUUGACGACUUCAGAGCGCCAGCACAUUCUUAUUCAGAACAAGAAAGGUCUUGAUCCCAAGUCCAAGGAGGACGACAGCAAACGUGUGUUUUACUGCCAGUAUUGCCCUUACGCCAAUGUUAGGAGAGACGCAGUUGACAGUCACAGUUUACGGCAUAUUGCUAACGGAGGUAAAGGACUUCAUAAGUGUAACUUUUGUGACUACAUUGCAUCACAACCAAACUUCAUCAAAGAUCAUACCAAAGUUCAUUUUAAGCCUUUUAAAUACGUCAUCCCUGAAGGUUUCAUUAAACACGACCAGCAAGACCUUUUCAGUGUGGAAUUAGUUACGGAAGAACAACCGGAAGCAAAAGUUCAAGAAAAAGUGAAUGUUUUUUCUCACAAAAAUGGAACAUUUGGUCCCAUUUAUCGUUCACCUCUUAAAUGCGUUGGAUCCGAUGGAAAGGAAAACGUGAUUUCCGAUCUUACCGAACUCAACGCCAUGGCUGAUUCUGUCCGAGACGAUGGUAUUGUUAUUGAAUUUUUGUCUGGGGAAGUCAUCGAAGCCCCGCCUUCUUAUGUCAUUACACUGAAGCCUUCCAAGUCCAAACGCGAUGCCUCUCAGAUGGACAGUGACGUCUCGGAAACUAAGAGCGGCAGAGAAUCUCCUGAUAGUGGUGAACCGCUGGCGAAAAAAAUCCACAUUGAAGGCGAUAAAGUUCAUUUGGAUAAUGCAUGUGUUGAAAAUUCUGAAGCUGAUAGUAAAAAUAAUGGCUUCUCUUCACAAAGUAGGCCUGACGAUGGUAGCUUGAUCAAUGGGAACGCAGAAGCUAUGGUAAUGGGUACUGACGGUUCUGGAAAUUCGGCGAUACCGGUAUGUGUGAAGAAAUCCGACAAUUUUCUUGGAUUCGAGCCCUCAAUUCCGGAGAAAAAAAAUCUCCCAUCUGGGAUGCGAUAGUUGACCACAUUUGGCAUUUGGCAAGCGCUAAGUUUUAAAUAAUUUAAUUAGUUCGGCUCCGAUCCUACUAAUAUUCUAUAAGAGAAAUUCAACUACCAUAGCGCAUUGAUUACGUGAGAACUCAUUGGGUAGGAGUCAGUGUACAUGAAUUAUUAUAAAGGCAUUAGCAAGGUUUGCUUUGCUGGUUUUGUUCUUAAUUAUUUAUAUUUUUUUUCUGUAAUUUUAAGCUUAUCAAGGCGCCCUCGCUUCAAAAGUAUUUAUUCAAGCUUCAAAACCAAAUCCAUUGUUUUAAGGUAAUCAUGAGUUUUAAAUUGCAAUGGAUUUACUGAAGACCUUACUUCACUUCCACCCUCGUUAAAUUAAUCAGGUUUUAAUUAACAUGAAACGAACCUGUCAUGGUAAGCAAGCCAGUCGCAUACCCGCGACUUAAGGACUUUUCUUGUCUUUAAAUUUUCUCUUGAUUAUUUUUAGAUCAUUCAAUAAAAUUAAACAACUAAUUAUUCAUCGAGACACACAGUUUACUGUCAGUUUUACUUGAAAUUAAAUUGAUUUCAUCCUGACUUUAUAAUUUUUUUUCGUAGCAAUAUGUUAAUAUGACUAUAUUUUUCUUUUAUUGUCACUGCCAAUCGUGUUCAUACUUAAGCCUUGUCUCAUUAACUAGUGAUACAGAAAAAUAAAUGGUGCUCCGCUAAUGAUGACUAGAACACAUUUUAAUACUAUGACUCGAUUUCAAUCUUAUUAUUCAUUAUUUAACUUUCUCUUUCAUCAACAAUUCAUUUUUAGU